AUGUUUUGCCGUGUUUUUUGCACCCAGGGUGCUAAGUAUUGCAAUGCACAAUAUUCCCCAUCCUCCUCAGUUUUUUUUCUUUUACAGGGCGGCGUUAUCAUCGGGUGGUAUACAAAGCUGAACAAUAAAAGCAAUGAUGACUUACUCUGCUAUGCUGUUUUAAACAAUUGCCAUUAUAUAACAAUCUCUCUCUCUCACUCUCUCUCUCUCUCUCACUCUCUCUCUCUCACUCUCUCUCUCUCUCUCUCUCUCUCUCUAUCUAUCUAUCCAUGCUUCGUCUUUUUUCCUUCCUUGGCUUCGUUCAAAUUUUCUCGCAUCAGUAAGGGAUUGCUUGAUGUAACUUUGCCAACUUAUAGUUUUCAAGUUGCUUUCUUUCUUGCUUAUUCAUUGUUCUGUGUUUUUUUUCUCUCUUUCUUUUUUGAGUUCUUGUUUACAACCUAUUUCCUUCAUUCAUGCAUUCUUUCUUUCUUGAUGGUUUUUUUUUUGUUUUCUAUUUUUCUUGCAAGCUUGCUUUGCGAUUUAUUGCUACUUUUAUUUAUUGCAGCUAUAUUUCUUGCUUUUUUCUUCCUUUCUUUUCUACUGUUUUCUUUCCUUUUGUUUGAUUGUUUUUCUUCUUCAUUUUCUUUUGUUUAUUUUUUGCUUGUGUGCAUGCUUUUUUUUAUUUUAUGGUUUAACUUGUUCCUUUGUCGUAGCGUUCUUUCCGAUUUGCUCUUAUUUUCAAGAAACAUCAUAAUCAUCAUCUCUCUCAUACUCUCUCUCUCUCUUUCUCUUUCUCUCUCUUUCUUUCUUUCUCCCUCUCUCUCUCUCUCUCUCUAA